AUGUACUGGAGUGUUUGGAUUACAGUUACCAUUUUGGGUAUCAUUUUGCUCCGACAAUUCGAAGCAUCCGUCCGCAUUACCAACUAUACGGACGAGUGGGAUCCAAAAUAUCUGGAUGUGGAUUUGCGUGUCCGUCGGCUAGAUCAAACAACUGCCAUCGAUUUCGAUUUGGAUCUGAAGCAAGAGCUUGAUAAGAAUGUUGAGUAUGACGUGCGGUUGUGUAAACGCGUCGCAGGAAAAUAUCACCAGAUGAUGUACACGGGCAAGCAGCAGCUGUGCGGGAAGGAGCUGAGACGAUCGCGCAAUCUGCUCGAUCGUUACAUUGCCUCGGAGCUGGUAAAGCAUUCGAACCUGACCACACGCUGUCCGAUAAAGACGGGCCACUAUGAGGUGCGGAACUUUGAAAUUGACGAUCGUCAUCUGAUGAUGAGUGUGGUACCGUCCGGUGAGUUUUUGAUUGAGGUCGGUGUUUAUCAUCGCGGAAAGGAAAUCAAAAUGAAUCGUUGGUUUGUAACGGCUACAUAAU